AUGGGUUUGGCCGGGAAGUUGGAAUCGGUGAACAGUUUCAGCAGAAAGAAAUGCAGGAGCUUGUUCUGGAGGGUGAGAGCUGCGGUGAAGAAAGCUAUGAAGAGUAGAUGGGGGAAUCAACAUGGGAAGAAGAAGUUCCAGUAUGAUCCGUCGAGCUACGCCCUGAAUUUCGACGACAGUUGCCGCCGGUUCUCCUCCUCCACCGCCGCCGCUGUUGCCGGGAACAAUGUCAAUGGCAACAGCAACUUUACCAUCUGGGUUUACAUCGUUUGGGUAGAACCGUUGAGUUCUUAG